AAAACGACGUUAUCUCUCUCUCUCUUCUCUCUCUCUCUCUCUCUCUCAAAUUGAGCGUGUUUCUCGGGGUUAAAUCGUCCGCCUGAUUGUUUUUUCUCAGUCAAAGAAAUCAAAUGAUAUGUUGAUGAAGCGAAACCUAAGUCCCUUGUGCAGAUCCGUGCUCAGAUUCAUCGAUUUAUCAGUUUGUAGAGCCAUGGCUUGUUUUCUCGAUUGCUUCCGCGCCAGAGACGAUCGCUCUACUAGUAAUCUCGUCUCUCACUCUUCGCUCGCCAAUCCCAGAAAAACUCAGGACUCGCAGAAUGAUUUGUCAGCUUUGUUUCUUUCUAAAGAGAAAGCAGCUUCUUCGCCUUGCCUUGACAAAGAAAAAUUUGAUUUGGAUUCUAUACAUAUUGACAAAGGCCUAAGGGAUGAGGCGCGGUUUCUUAAAGCUUGUGGUACUAUACCGGAGACACCUAUUGAAAUUAGGAAAGCAUCCCAAAAACUAAGUAGUCCUCAACAUGCUGGAUCUUCCCAUUUCCACUCAUGGAUUUCCAGUAGCUCUACGAUGGGGUCUCAUUUGGCUGAAUCCCCAACCCCCACGAAAGCUUGUGAAGAGAUGGGAAGACCAUCAUUUACUUCAGAGCAAGCACCUAGCAGUUGUGUGAUCGAUGUCCGGGACAGUGCAAGGAUCUCUUCUGCUUCUAGUGAUGGUACUGAAGUAGAAAGCAUUGGCACUGCGAUCAAGGGUGAGUUGAAUGGAAGUGGAAGGCCAACGCUCACAGUUGGAAAGACUAAGUCUGUCCGAUUUGAAUGCGAUCUUGAUCAGUCUCACUCCUCUAAUUCUUCCGAGAAUAGCAGUUCAAGAAAAUCCGAGAUGGGUGGCAAAUUUUGUUUUACAGCAAACUCACCUAAUCCAACCCCCUUGAGGCUAUCUGAUGAGAUGCAGACUCCUGGAACCAUAUAUCCUGCGAACAUGGAAUCAGCGGGAAGAGGGAGGCCUAGAAUCAGGUCUCAGUUUGUGCAUUCAGUUUCCAAUGUAAUGGAAAAUGCAUCCUUAUAUAAGGUCCUUAAUGAUGCUCAUGGGAGCCUAGAACAAGCGGAACCGCAGAUUUACAAAGAGAAAAUAGAGUAUGAAACACCCUCUUCAGCAACUUAUGGGGAAAAGGUGGAAGAAAGCUCAGAUGAAAAAUUAUCCAAGUUUGAGGCAAGUUUUUCUCCUUGGCUAAACCAGAUCAACGAAGACAACAACGAAAACAUUGCAGUUUCAAACGAUAGGACACCAGGACUUGCUGCCAUAACCCCAGGUGACAGGCCUAUCAUUGGAUUGGUACCUGCUCAGUGGAUCGAGAAUGAGCAAACUGAUAUUUCACCCAGAAUGUGGGAUGGAAAUGGAAUCCCAAACUCGACAACCAAAUACAAGGAGGAUCAGAAAGUGAGCUGGCAUGCUACACCAUUUGAGGUGAGGCUGGAGAAGGCACUUUCUGAGGAAGGUGGUCAGAGUUUAUUCCCUCAAAGGAAACUUGAAGUGAUGAUGGAGGAGGUUGAAGGGGACACAGACUUAUCGCAGCUGCAGCAUUCAGUGCAACCAAGCUCGGUAGUUUCCUUCUGAAAGUCUAUUUGGCUUUCGUACAGAACAGUAUAGCUUACAAAGUUACAUAUGGCUAUAAUGACUCAUGAGCAAAUGAAAUACUCUUGUUUCUGGCUUUUUUAAGGAGCUUUAAGGAUAUUAAAGAAUAUAAACAGUUGCGUUUAUUAUCCUC